ACAUAUACUUCCUUCUGGGAAAAAAAUUGUUUUUUUCUUCUUACCAUCUGGCGGGUUACAGAUCAUAAAUAUAUUUAUAUAUAAUCCAUAUAUAUUCUUCUUCUCUUGUAUCCUAUCUCCUCCAAUUUCCUCUCUCUCUUUUUUUUUUUUUUUUUGUCGAUAUUUAUUGAAAAUAAAGUAUUGGGUUUUGGGUUUAGUGGGGUUUAAUUUGUUUAAUGGGUGCAAACGUGUCUGGUGGCAGAUCGGAUUGUGACGGAGAUGGUUCUUUGUUGAGGAGGCCUAGAUUCGAUGAUAUACCGGAGAGCUGUGUGGCAUUGGUGUUGAUGCGGUUAGACCCGACGGAGAUUUGCAAUUUGGCUCGGUUGAAUCAGGCUUUCCACCGUGCUUCUCGAGCUGAUUUCAUAUGGGAAUCAAAAUUGCCUUCCAAUUAUAGGUUCAUUCCAGAAAAAGUUCUUGGAGACACUCCUCUUUCCACGUUGAGCAAGAAGGAAAUUUAUUCCAGGUUGUCCAAGCCCAACUCCAUUGAUGAUGCCACCAAGGUAUGGACACGUUUUCUAAUUAAUUCUUAUGCUUUUUUAUAGGAUAGAUCAAUCAACUAAAUAUGUGGGGAAAAGGAGUGGGAGUAAGAGUUAUACAAAUUCAAAUCCUUGUUAAUGGAUAAGAAAAUCUUUUAUGUUUA